AUGGGCAGGGUUUCCUUCAGCGUUCGAUUGGGCUCCGUCCGGAGACCCAGCUGUCCUUGCCAGGGGCGAUGCUACCUCUCCUGCAGAGCCGGUUCCCCGCACGCCGCGCUCCACGCACCUAGCGGACUUGGCUGCGCGCUGGCGCGGGGACAGGCUGCAGAUGGGGCGGUCGGAGCCUGUCCCCCGGGGAGCCCCGGCUUCCUCUUCGCGCCAGCCACGCGGGCGCCCCGCAGCUGGAAGGACCGCGCAGCAGCCCUGCCUGCCCCAGACGUGUUGGGAGCUGAUGACACUAACGUGGGUGAUGGCUGCUCUCAGAAGCUGGUGAUGACCAACCUUCUCCGCUUCCUCCUGCUGGUUCUGAUCCCGUGUAUCUGUGCUCUCGUCGUCCUGCUGGUGAUCCUGCUCUCCUUUGUGGGAACAUUAAAAAAGACUUAUUUUAAAUCAAACGGGAGUGAACCUUUGGUCACUGAUGGUAAAGGCCAAACCUCGGAUGUUAUUCUCCCAAACAUGAUCAAUGACAAGAGCCCCAUGGCGUCUACUGCACGUCCCAGCCCGCACAUUCCAGACUGGAUGACAGGUGCUUCGCUUCCAGGGGACCAAAGCCACAGGAAUAUAAGUGCCUGCAGGAACAUCACCCACAGCCAGUGUCUGGUGUUGCCCUACAACACCACACUAGAGCCACUCCUACCAAUUGUCAAAUACAUGGACAUGGAGAAGUUCCUCAAGUUCUUCACGUACCUCCACCGCCUUGGUUGCUAUCAGCAUAUCAUGCUAUUUGGCUGUAGCCUUGCCUUCCCUGAGUGCAUCAAUGAUGGCGAUGACAGUCGGGGACUCCUGCCCUGUAGGUCCUUCUGUGAGUCUGCAAAAGAAGGCUGUGAAGCAGUCCUGGGGAUAGUGAAUUACACCUGGCCCGAUUUCCUCAAAUGCUCCCAGUUUAGAAACCAAACUGAAAACAGCAACAUCAGCAGGGUUUGCUUCUCACCACAGCAGGAAAAUGGAAAGCAAAUGCUCUGUGGCGGGGGCGAGAGCUUUCUGUGUGCCAGUGGAAUCUGCAUCCCCGGCAAACUGCAGUGCAAUGGCUACAACGACUGUGAUGACUGGAGUGAUGAGGCCCAUUGCAACUGCAGCAAGAAUCUCUUCCAUUGUCAUACAGGCAAGUGCCUUAACUACAGCCUUGUGUGUGAUGGGUAUGAUGACUGUGGGGAUCUGAGCGAUGAGCAAAACUGUGAUUGCAAUCCCACACAACAGCACCGCUGUGGGGAUGGGCGCUGCAUUGCCCUGGAGUGGGUGUGUGAUGGUGACCACGACUGCGUGGAUAAGUCUGACGAGGCCAACUGCUCUUGUCACAGCCAGGGGCUGGUGGAAUGCAGGAGUGGACAGUGCAUCCCCAGCACGUUCCAGUGUGACGGAGACCAGGACUGUAAGGAUGGGAGUGACGAGGAAAACUGCAGUGACAGCCAGACCCCAUGUCACGAAGGAGACCAAAGAUGUCUCUACAAUUCCUGCCUUGAUUCAUGUGGUGGCAGCUCUCUCUGUGACCUGAACAAUAGUCUGAGUAACUGUAGUCGGUGCGAACCCAUUACACUGGAGCUCUGCAUGAAUCUGCCCUACAACUAUACGAGUUACCCGAAUCACCUCGGACACAGGACUCAGAAGGAAGCCUCCAUCAGCUGGGAGUCUUCUCUUUUCCCCGCCCUUGUUCAAACCAACUGUUACAAAUACCUCAUGUUCUUUGCUUGCACCAUUUUGGUACCAAAGUGUGAUGUGAACACAGGCCAACGUAUCCCCCCUUGCAGAGCCCUGUGUGAGCAUUCCAAAGAGCGCUGCGAGUCUGUUUUGGGGAUCGUGGGCCUCCAGUGGCCUGAGGACACUGACUGCAGUCAGUUCCCCGAGGAAACCGCAGACAAUCAAACCUGCCUGAUGCCCAACGAGUAUGUGGAAGAGUGCUCACCCAGCCACUUCAAGUGCCGCUCAGGACGGUGUGUUCUGGCUUCCAGAAGAUGUGACGGCCAGGCUGAUUGCGAUGACGACAGUGAUGAAGAGAACUGUGGUUGUAAAGAGAGAGAUCUUUGGGAAUGCCCAUCCAGCAAACAGUGUUUGAAGCACUCAGUGGUCUGCGAUGGGUUCCCAGACUGUCCCGAUAGCAUGGAUGAAAAAAACUGCUCAUUUUGCCAGGAUGACGAGCUGGAGUGUGUAAACCACGAAUGCGUGUCCCGUGACCUGUGGUGUGACGGGCAGGUGGACUGCUCAGACAGUUCGGAUGAGUGGGACUGCGUGACGCUUUCUAAAAAUGCAAACUCCUCUUCCUUCCUGACGGUUCACAGAGGUGCCACAGAAUAUCACGUGUGUGCAGAUGGCUGGCAGGAGACGCUGAGUCAGCUGGCCUGCAAGCAGAUGGGUUUAGGGGAACCGUCUGAGACCAAACUGUUGCAGCUGCAGGAGAAUGAGCAGCGGUGGCUGACACUACACCCCCUCUGGCAGAGCCUCCCAGGGACCACACUGCACAGACUGCUUGUAAACGGGCAGUCUUGUGAGAGUGGAAGUAAGAUCUCUCUUCUGUGUAAUAAACAAGACUGUGGGCGCCGCCCUGCUGCCCGGAUGAACAAGAGGAUCCUGGGAGGUCGCACGAGCCGCCCUGGAAGGUGGCCGUGGCAGUGUUCUCUGCAGAGCGAACCCAGUGGACACAUUUGUGGCUGUGUGCUCAUCGCCAAGAGAUGGGUCCUGACAGUUGCCCACUGCUUUGAGGGGAGAGAGAGCGCCGCCGUCUGGAAAGUGGUGCUGGGCAUCGGCAACCUGGACCACCCGUCGGCGUUCACGCAGACGCGCUUGGUGAAGACCAUCGUCCUGCACCCUCGCUACAGCCGCGCGGUGGUGGACUACGACAUCAGCAUCGUCGAGCUGGAUGGAGACAUCAACGACACGAGCUACGUCCGCCCGGUCUGCUUGCCCAGCCCGGAGCAGUGGCUGGAGGCCGACACGUACUGCUACAUCACAGGCUGGGGCCACAUGGGCAACAAAAUGCCUUUUAAGCUGCAGGAGGGCGAGGUCCGCAUCAUCUCCCUGGAGCAGUGUCAGUCCUACUUCGACAUGAAGACCAUCACCACCCGGAUGAUCUGCGCUGGCUUCGAGUCGGGCACGGUGGACUCGUGCAUGGGGGACAGCGGUGGGCCUCUGGUUUGUGAGCGUCCUGCGGGACAGUGGACUCUGUUUGGUUUAACCUCAUGGGGCUCCGUCUGCUUUUCCAAAGUCUUGGGGCCUGGUGUUUAUAGCAACGUGUCCUACUUCGUCGAAUGGAUCCAAAGACAAAUAUAUAUACAGACCUUUCUCCUGGAUUAACUACAAAGAUGGCCAGAGGUUUUGCCAGCUACACUCAAAGAAAAUGGCCUUCUCGACUGUGAAGAGAUUGCUGCAGAGAGCUCUACAGAAGCACUUUCCACGGGCAGGGAUGCUCACCGCUGACCUGCCAAUUUGCAUGUUUGUUUUGGACUCAUCUCUUCAACUUCUUUUUUUCAACUUGAUUUUUCUCUUAUUUCAAGUUCAGUGAAAGACUUUCAAAAAACUAAGCAAACAGGCUUUGUUCUUUUGCCAAAACUAACCUUGCCUGCAACACGCGAUUAUUAGCUCUGGAGGGAUUUAAAACAAUGUGGGCACUAGGGUCACAUGUUAGAGCAGGUUCCUUUUUAUCCUAUCACAGAAAGGACAUUGAGAUUCAGGCCAGCUUAUUUAUACAUCUUGGCAGUUUCUGUUUUUCAAGUGCAGUAGCAAUAGUGACAAAUUUUGACAUUAACCUCACAGACUUGCUUUUGAUUUAUUAAAAGCCAAGAUAAUUUUCACGCUUAAAUUAUUUCCUGUUACUCUUUUGGGGCUUACAUGACUCUGAGAACUUAGAAAAGACAGAGGUAAAAGAUGAACGGCAUCCCAUUUGGGUAGCAAAACAUAUUAAAUGCAGAGUUCUUUGGAUUUCAGUGUUAACACUUGGCAUCCCAGGAUUGCACAUUCUGAAUUUAAAGCAAGGUUGUAAUUUUAUAGAAAAGGCUGUACUGCACUUCCCUCAGACCUGGGGUUUGUUCAGUAUGUUAUCAGUUAGCUGAUUGAGAUUUCAAAGACGAUAUCAGUAGUCACAGGAAAUAUUUUGUUUUGCUUGUGCUAUGUAUGAAAAUAAAAUGGAUAUUAAACUUCGCCAGAAGAGAACUUGCUUUAGGAUGGAGGGAUGCAAAUUUUUUAAAAACUCAAAAUAAAAUUGCAUCUCUUGCCCCAUUAACGUUUUGUUUUUCUGUAUUCGUGCUUAUCAAUAAAGUCACAGAAAUCUAUUUCAAAGCACAGUAAAACUCUGCAUGGAGUAAAACAUUUUGGAAUUUGACUCAAAAGGUAUUUAAUAUCUGGUGUUGCAAUUUCUUUGUAUUGAUAGUUACCAUUUUGAAAGUGAUUUCUAGCACUAGGACACUUUAUGCAAAUCAAUUUCGAAGCAAUUCCUGGUGAAAAGUCUUGCCCUACCCUGCAAAAAAGCUUCAAGACACAGAUCUUCACAUACAUCUAAUUUAGUUAGUCAGACAUUCACUUUGCGACAUUCCGACGAAUGCCUUUGGAACAAAUGCACUUUCCUCUGAACCUCCACCAGCUGCCUGGGCGGCCUCAGCAUUCCAGACAGAGACUCCUUGCAAUUUUAUACAUGUAUUUUUCUAUUCUUUUUCUAUGUGUAAACCUAUGUGAAAUUCACACUGUUGUUUAAACACUUUCCAUGUUAUUCACAUCCUGUUUUAUAUACACCUACGACACGUCUGAAAUACAGCAACUGAUCUGUGGUUGCAAUUGUACGAACAUUUAAAAACAUGUCAGUUUCAUUAUAGUUUUAGGUACACACUUCAUGUAACAACUUUUAGAAGCUCAACUUCUGUUCAGCGACAUGUACAUAUUGUACUUAUUUUCAAUAAUUCUUAAUACAAAUAAAAUUGUAUAACCUUUUUUUUUGACGGAUAUGUAUCUUGGAUAACAAGUCCCAGGAAAUUGUUUCUCACCCUUUAAUCGCAUGGCGGCACUCAGCACCCCACCCGUCAGCAUUUCUCUUUCUCGUAUCUCAUUCUCACAAGUACAUGCUCUUUUAUUUUAACCUUGACUAGUCUGAAAUUAGUGACUGCUAAUAGUCUCAACCCAUUCAGUGAACAAUGAGAACCUUAGCCCUGGAAAAGCACAUGGGUCUUCAACAUCCAGGGGGCAUUUUCGGAAAUAGA